CGAGGAAUCGAACGUGGAGGCCGGGACCUUUUUCAGUCGCUAUGCCUUACGCCAACCAGCCUACGGUGCGAAUCACCGAGCUCACGGACGAGAACGUCAAGUUUAUUAUCGAGAAUACGGACCUGGCAGUGGCCAAUUCCAUCCGUAGAGUCUUCAUCGCCGAGGUGCCCAUCAUAGCCAUAGACUGGGUCCAGAUUGAUGCCAACUCUUCAGUUCUUCAUGAUGAGUUCAUUGCCCACCGACUUGGAUUAAUCCCUCUUACAAGUGAUGACAUUGUAGAUAAGCUGCAAUACUCCAGGGACUGUACGUGUGAAGAGUUUUGCCCUGAGUGCUCAGUAGAGUUUACGCUUGAUGUCCGUUGCAAUGAAGACCAGACCCGCCAUGUCACAUCUCGGGAUCUCAUUUCUAAUACCCCUCGAGUCAUUCCGGUGACAUCCCGGAGUAGAGACAAUGACCCCAGUGACUAUGUGGAACAGGAUGACAUCCUCAUUGUCAAACUCCGGAAAGGCCAGGAACUGAGAUUACGAGCCUAUGCUAAAAAGGGCUUUGGCAAGGAGCAUGCUAAAUGGAACCCUACAGCUGGAGUAGCCUUUGAGUAUGACCCAGAUAAUGCUCUGAGGCAUACAGUCUACCCAAAGCCAGAAGAAUGGCCAAAGAGUGAGUACUCUGAGAUUGACGAAGAUGAAGCCCAAGCUCCCUAUGACCCCAAUGGCAAACCAGAGAGGUUCUACUACAAUGUGGAAUCCUGUGGCUCUCUUCGCCCUGAAACCAUCGUCCUUUCUGCUUUGUCUGGUUUGAAGAAGAAGUUGAGUGACCUUCAGACCCAGCUAACCCACGAGAUCCAGAGUGAUGUCCUGACUAUAAACUAGCAGUAGCCAUUUCUAUCAGAAACGGAGCUUGAGGAUAAUGGAGAGACUUCUAAACUGACUUUCCGUUUGCCACUGGAAAGUGGACUAAAAUUUAGCCUCUUGAAAGUCCUGGCUAGCACAUUGCAGCUUUUAAGCCUGUUGUCAGUUUGGGAUGUAAUUCACCCAGGAAGCAAUCAAUGGGAAGGAGAGGUGAGAAGCUUCACUUCCCACAAAGUUUCAUCCUGGUCAGCUUGGGUUGAUUUGUUCCCUUAGAAUGAACAGCAAAUAAAAAAAAAACCUUUUCUCUGCUGGGGAUGAGCAAAGGUUUUAGAAGAUGAGGUGAGUAGGCACAUAUUUAUUAAGUCCUUAUAAAUAACCUUAUGGCUAGACUGGGCCUUUCUCGGGCAUUCUACUGUUACUUUGUUGGCAGCAUUAGGGAAAAUUCUCUUCCCUGAAUUGUAGGCCCAAUUUUUCUGGGAGUUACUCUCUGAUGGUGCUUUAGCUGCCUGGGGUUGAGCUUUUAUUGGGUACAGUGUUUUCUCCUAGGCUUGCUCGUCCCAUUACUUCCUUACCAGUCCCCCAGGUUGGGCCCACUGCCUUCUCAACUCCAAAUCACUUUAAAAAACAAACAACUCUUACCUUGUCUUAGAAUCAAUACAAAAUAUCACUUUUAAGGCAGAAGAGUGGUUAAGAACUAGGCAGUUGGGGUCAAGUGACUUGCCCUGGGUCACACAGAAAGUGUCUGAGAGCAGAUUUGAACCCAGGUCCCACUGAGCCUCCUAGCUGCCUCUCAAAUCGCUCAAUGCUAACUGGAGGUUGAUCACUUAGCUAAAAAGAAAGCAGGCAUCCUUCAAUGUUUUCUGACCCAACACCACUGGGUUUAAAGGGAAGUACAAUGUCAAGAGUUUAUUAUGGCCCUAUUUGAGUGACAAAUCAGAAAAGCAAAUCAGAUAGUAAGGGUCCUUUAUUGAUGAGCAGGGUUGUUUAAAAAAAUCAUUUUUGGCAAUAAACAGCACAUAAUUCUCUGUC